AUGCUGCCUGAGGAAAUAAAACGUCCCAAAGCGCAUGCGUCUGAAACCGACAGCAGUGUUCCUGCUCAGAUUUUCUCUGCUAACAGAUAUAAAGCUCUUGACUAUGUUUUUGAGACCACCACCAGUCUGAAAGUAAGGAUGAGCUUGCUGGCACUGCCAACACCGUACUUCACUGGUACCAGUGACCUGUACCCCCACAAUGGCAAGCUGCCUGAGGCCACCUACAGGGCACCGUGGAUCAGAGGAAAGGUGAUCUCCACCUGCAAACUAUUUGUCAGUGGUUCUGUGCUUGAUGAUCUGGGAGAAAAAAAGAAACCGGUUUAUUCACCAGAAAGAUUUAAUAUGACUCUGAGUGAGGUGAAAGGGGAUGUGGAAGUGAUACCAAGCUCUAAUCCUGACUCACUGAAGGAUCUAGACCAGGAUGAGUAUUUUUGCAUUUUAAAAGAGUCACAGAUCAAUAAGCCAUGUCAGGAAUCCUUUUAUAAGUUGACAACUAACCAGAUGAAACCUGGAAAUAAGAACAAAGAUCUCCUCCUGCCAGAAGAGCUCGUGGUUGUUGACUACCUGCCACAAUUUAAGAGACAUUUACCCACGCUGAAAGCCAAACUGUCCAGGCUGAGGACCCUUCCUGUGGCCGACCCUCUGCUGAGCUCAACAGGAGAUACCUCUGAGGAUGCCAUGUUCAGGCGCUGUGUGUCUUACGAAAAACCUCCUGAUGUGGAAACCAGUGACAUUCAUACGUGUGCAAACAUUCAUGAGGAGUUUGGUAAAGAGUCACUAAUGAAGGAAGAGUCAUUGCUGUUGCCGGCUGUAGUGGACACGAUGAGUUUGAGCCAAGAUAACCGGACUGAUUUUCCAAGCAUUUGUGGUUGUAUGAAUGUUGCUCCUGAACAGCUGGAUGAGCAACCUCCAGUCCUGGAUGUGCUUCAUAAAGCUUACUUUUCAGAUGUACCAGUGUCAGUGGACAUUUCCCAGUAUGAAGUACUAGAGGAGGCCAGCAAGACGAAUGGAGGCCUGAUAGAGUCAGAGCUGUCAGGACGUGUGAUGCUUCUGACCGAAAUGGAGCUGGAUGUGACUUUGAUGUCGACUCCCAAAACCAGUCAAACCCAAAUCUGUCUGUCCACGUGUAAACUCCAGAAGGAAGAGUUGUCACUGCUCAGCAGACGGUCUUUGGUGUCAGCAAGAGCUCAGAAGGAGAUGGAGGUGGCCCUUUGGAAGGCAGAGAAGCAUCCAACCUUUGUGGUGGGCUUUCUGUUAGCAGAGCCUCAAAUGUGUGAAACAGCUAGUAGCUUCCAGCCUAUGUCUGAAGCCUUGAAAGUCAUAAAGUUGGAGAAACAAAGCUUUGUUGGUGUUGGUGACAAACUUCAGUCUCACAUGGGGACGGGAGCCCCGCAGGUGUCUUUGUGCAGCAACCGUGAGUUCACAGAGAGCAUGAAGUCGGAGUUUCCUUCCACCAAGCAGGAAAAGAUAGAAGACUUCAAAAAUCUGUCACCUGAACAUGUGGAGUUCACAGUCAGAUCCAUCCUGAUGAAUCCUACAAACAAAACUCAGUCACCUGACCUGAAGAAAUCUGAAGCUAUUGCUUUUCAUGCUGAAGCUACUGAAGAUGACGCUCUUCUUCAAAGAGAAACAGUUGCUGAUGGGAACACCUUCCUGAUGCACACUGUCAGCACAAACAAUAAGGAAGUAAACCCUGCUGCUACCAUUAAAGAUGAAUUUCCAGACAAGAGGAGGAAAGAAGUCGCAGCCACGUUUUCUGUUUGUAAGGACGACAUCAACACAAGUAGAGACGAGUGUAAGACAGAGCAGAACGCCCACACUCCUGAGCAGGCUGCGUCCUCCAGACUGAAUAUUAAAGACAAUCACAGCAGUCUGCUGUAUACGAGACGUCCACCAGAGAAGGACCUGGACCCUCUGUCCACCUUCAUUGUACUGAGAUCUCAGCAGAGAGCUCCAGUUACGGCAACACAUCAGAGCUCAGCCGGCACUCAGCCAGGGCCACAGGUGGACCAACAAACACCACCUGAGCUGCAGCCGACUCCAGAGCAGGUGCAAAGAUCAGACAGGAGGCCAGCAAACAUUAGUGGUAGUGUGUCAGGAAAUGUUACCAGAGAGCAGAAAGAAGCUUUUCAGUCAACGGGCCAACUCAUCAUUCCUCCUUUCAGUCAGUCAAUCCCCCAGGGAAGACAGGACAGCAGAGUAGUACAAGUCAGAGCUACUGACAGCCAGCAGCGUGCCUACUGUGAGCUGCUGGCCUUCGCUCGGCCUUGUUUGAGCUCUGUCCGACAGCUGGGGCUCAACUUCCCAGUGUGGGGAGACUUCAGCUGCCUGACCCCAGACCAAACACACUUCCUCCUCAAGCAGCAGGAGAAGGCACUCUGCAGGACACAUGCACAGAGCACAGGGCUGGUCAAAGAUCAGGAACGUCUUUUCAACCAGGCAGCUCUGAUUCAUGUGCUGGUGACAUUCAAGGAGCUGCUUCUGAAGUGUGGCCUUGGUACUGCAUUAGAGUACCUGACCAAGGCAUCUGAGGCGUGUGCAGAGCAGAGUCUAGGGCAGCUGGUGAAGAGGCUGCAGAUCAUCCUCUACCUCAGGGACAAGAACCAGGAGUCCAACCUCAAACUGCUGGAGCUGCAGCAGCUGCUGGCUGCAUGGCUGCGCAGCAGGAAAGGACAAAACACAAUGGAGAAAAUUCUUGUCAUAAUAUCAGCUGAGUCUGAUGACAGCAAAUCUAUAAUCAUAAACAGCUUGAGCCAAGUGGCUGGUGCUUCUGUAACUGCAGUUUGGCCUGACAAGGACAAGAUCAAAUUGAAUGGUGCCAGUGUGGUCAGCAGCGUGUGCGGCAGUGUGUGUGUGGUGGUAUGUGAGCAGCAUAUGGGCCCAGACUUCCCCUGGAACUGUUUCUCUUUGGUGGUGGAGUACGACCAUCCAGGCCAGUCACCAUGGGCCGCAGUCUGCAGAGAGAGGAGCAUUGGUCACGUCACCCUUAACACGAUCAUCUCCGAUACUGACAAGGAAAAUGCUUCGUGGGACCUGGAGGACAAUGUGCCUUAUGUUCUUGUUACCGAGGGGCUUCUCAACUGUCCACUGCUGCUCCAGACACUCGAGUCAGGGUUUAAUAUAACUGUGUUAGAGAGGAGCCACUGUCCAUCCUUGCAGAUGCUCGGAGGCACCCAUCACUACGCUGUGAUCACAGUGGAUGAAAGCAUCGCUGUAAUCAUUCAGGAGGAGGAUGAACUGUGUCAGGAGCGAGCCAGUGAGAGAGUAGUGAUGAGGCUCACCGCUCUCUCUCUGCAGUACAAUUGCUGUUGGCUCAUCCUGCACUGCCCAGAGAGCCAGGGAGGAGGUUUUUCCAGUGAAGCCUUCAGAAACUUGGUGUUGGUGUAUUCGUCUCUUGUGCUGUUCGGCAUGAAGUCAGAGGAUCUAGAUGUCAAGGUGCUGAUUGUGUCUGAGGUGAUGGAAAUAGCCAAAUGGAUCAGUCAGAUCUGCUUCCACAGCCUGAUGGCCACUGACAGGGACCCUCCCCACUACCUGGACAGAGACUGGCUGACCGUGAUUCCCUCAGAGAAUGAAAAGUGUCUGUUGCAGUUCCCAUGCAUCAACCCUCUGGUUAGUCAGCUAAUGCUGAGGAGAGCACCAUCCCUCCAGUGGCUCAUGAGGGCCUCCCUGUCUCAGCUGAAGGAGCUGCUCCCUGAGGUGCCACAUAAAGUACUCAAGCUGUUCAGUGACACCACCUCCCUGUACACGCUGACCACAGACCCAAACCAGCCCGAGUCUCAACCAAAAAAAAACCAAAACAACCCACCAAACAGCCCCUGGACCCCCACUGCCGACCCCAAGGACAUGAACCCUGACCCACAACCAGGACGCCCCAUCGACCCCCAUCCAGAACUAUUCUGCAGUGACCACAAGUCCAGCUUCCUGUUUGGAGCAGAUCGCAGCUUCUGUGAACCAGACUCGAUGGUGCAGGAUGGCAACACGGAUUUCAGAAUCAACCUGAGUUUUUCCUCUGGCAGCCCAGAUGUUCACCUCCAGAGGAGCUGGACCAGCAGUGAUCCAUGGAAAGAGGAGGAUAGAGGCAGAGGGGGGUUUUCUGACUGGAGAGGCAGAGCUGGAGCAUCGGGGGGAGUUGUUGAAAGAGUGAACCAUGAGUGGACACAGAGGGCUCCAACAAAGCUGGACAGUCCUUUCAAGCUGGACUCUGCGUUCAGUUACAGCCCCGUCCUGCAGCAGCCAGCCAACAGUCAAACGUCCACGUACUCUGCAGCUCGCUGUGACCCCCAGCGUCCACAUCACAACCACAUUCCCUACAGCCUGAGCCCUCCUACAGGGGUCAUGCUGUGGGGUCUAGGUCAAAGCAGCAACGACUGCUUCACCAGCACCGAAGAGACGGCGACAGUUUCACCUAACUAUGGGUCCAAAUGCUGGAUCGGACAAGAGAGGAAGAGGAGCAGCGAGGCUGCAGGUUUGGUUGGAACAGUGUUGACACCACUGAAGAAAGGAAGGUUAAGCUAUGAGAAAGUGCCCGGCAGAAGCGAUGGACAGACGAGGCUUAAAUUAUUUUAGGCAUUUCCUGUGAGCUGUUUUUAAAGAGUAGAGAGAGGUCUAUCCCUAACGCGUUGUUACAUUCAAGUUAUUAAUUGUAUAAUUCAAGUUUAGCUUCAGAGUUUUUUAUUCAGAUGAAAUAACUUGUUAAGUUUUCCUGGUUUGACUGCAAAAAGGUUUCCAUUGCAAGUUAAGUUUCCUGUUUUGGAAACAAAAAUUCUACAUUUUGUAUGUUUAUUCUAUAUUUAACAAGCAACAGUGCUUUUGUCUAUUUCUUUUUAAACAACUUAAAUUGCAGCAGAGAGAGAGAGAACUAAUUAAUUCUAAUUCAGUCUAAUAUAAAAUACUGAUAUUUUAGUAUUUUAAUAGUAUUUUGUUAUUGUUAUAGUAUUUCUUAUUGCUUGUUUUAAGACAAAUUUAUUCAAUCAAAACAUAAAAUGUAAAUUAUUUUACAUAUUAUUUUAGAGUCCUGCACUAUGUAACUCCUGUUAAGCAUUCAAAACUGGAUGCUGGUGUAUAAACAGAUAAUGAAUGGCAAUAUGAUACAGUUGUAAAUAAGUUGUAAUUGUU